AAUAAUGUGAGAAAUUCAGUGCUUGCAUAUGAACUUGAAAACUGAUUUCUGAUUGAUUUUCCUGAAGGUUCUGCAGAAGAAGAACAAUGGCAAUGAACGCAGCAUCACAGCCCAGCCGAAUGGACCGCAACAGUAGCUACCUUCAGCUGGUGGAUGCUUUCACAUGGUCACUGGGAACACUGGAGCAGCAAAUGGUUCAUGCACAAGAAACAGAUGAUGAUCCAGUCAAAGAUACAAAUCCCUCUUUACUCAUAGAGAUAGAGGGAGCGAUGACCAGUGUGUGUCUACAGUAUCCUGCUGCUGAUGGUGUGGGUACGAGUCUGAGUGUGUUGGAUAAACUGAUACACACACACCCCAUCUGGCUUCUGCUUUCUAUCGACCAGCACGAGGUCACUAACAUCCUACUAAAGCAACCAACUGGGGUAUUUCUGGUGUGGAGGUCACCUGUCCUUCAGAAGAAAGUCUUAUCUUUCCACAUGGAUGGAACUUCAGACUCCAUCAUUCACGUCCCAGUCAAGGAGAGCCAGUAUACAUUUUCUCUGGAGGAAUCGGGAAUUGGUUUCGCUGACCUCUUUCACCUUGUGGCCUUUUAUUGUAUAAGCAGGGACAUACUGCCGUGCACUUUAAAGCUUCCAGAAGCCGUUUGUUUAGCCGAAACACUAUCUGAUCUGAAUGAGGUGACCCAGCGAGGGGCAGCAUUCUGGAAGUCAUCUCUCAACAAUCAACACGGGACACUUGGUAUUUCAGAAAGUCCUCUUGUUCAAGAGGAACCGCUGAUCUCCUUGCCCGGUAACUGUCCUGAGGAUCCAUCUCACUCCUGCUCAAAUACAUCAAAAGGUGUGAAAAGUUGCUCCAGCAGUGCUUUGUCUUUUACCAACCCGGUCUUCCUUCAGACGCAACAAGUGAUCGCAAAAGACCCAACAGCAGCCAACGGAAAAUCCCGUCCACCUCCUCCACCUAGACCUCCUCCACCUCACAUUUUGAUUGAUACACCUACUGCACCUCCAAGUCCGAGGACUAUGCCUUUAAGCAUCGGCUUUAACAGACUAAGUCAGAGAUCACAGGCUAGCACCAUGUCCAAGGGAUCCAAACAACCUUGUACCAAGAACCCUCCUCCGCGACCUCCUCAAGCGCCAGACAUUGACAGUUACCGUUGCACUAUCGCUUUGGAUGAUGAUACCAUCUCUAGAGCCCUAUCUCGAGCCAAUCUGCCCCAUACUCCUUUAAACCAAACCAGCAACAACAUCCUGCGACAAUGGACAGGACUAGAAGAGAAAGGGCGAAGUUCAAGUGGCCGAAGUUUGUCCACGUCCUCGUCCGACUCCUUGGAUUCUUCCCCACACCCUCUUCCUUUGAACCUGUCCCAGAGCACGGGUCAAAGGCUCUCCACGGACGACAGCAGUGAUGAAUACGACGAAGAAGAGGAAGACUACGGUGUUGGAUUAGAGAGAGACUUACAUCUCCGGCUACGUAGUUCCCACAAGUCAAGGAGACUCCUGGCGGUGGAAUUAGCGGGGGCUCGUCCGAGAUCGUUCGUCAUCUUUCCGCGGGCAUUAAGGGGACACUUCCGUAAGGUCCGGGGUGUCCUCAAAGUCUUGGCUACACCUGAGAGACGCAUCUUGCUACAGAUCAUUGAGCUGGCCCAGGACAAAGGCUCCUACUUUGGUUGCCUGGUGCAGGACUACUUGAGCUAUGUGCAGGAGAACAAAAACUGCCUCACGUCUUGUCAGGAUCUUCUGCAGACGAUUCGCCAGUUCAUGACCCAGAUGAAGGCCUAUCUCAUACAGAGCUCAGAGAUAAACCCACCUAUUGAAUCUUACGUACCCGAGGACCAGAUUGAUGCAGUAUUGGAAAAGGCAAUGCAUAAAUGCGUGCUGAAACCUCUGUACGGUUCGGUGCAGUCGGCCCUGCAUGAUUGCCAGGUGUCCAGCGGGGAGUGGCGGAGACUGCAAGAAAAUCUGGCCCUGGCCAAGACCAAACAGCCCAGAGAACUGGGGGCAAACGCAACAAGACCACCAGACACCCACGCCAUUAACCGGAUCCGCAGAAAACUGGCAGCCAUGUGCAGGAUGUACUCGCCCGAGCAAAAGAUCGUGGUGCUGUUGAAAGUGUGCAAACUCAUCUACAAUAUUAUGCAAGAUCACAAAGUGCGACUGUUCGGAGCGGAUGAUUUCCUGCCCAUGUUGACAUAUGUGUUGGUCCAGUGUGACAUGCCUCAGUUGGACACAGAGAUCUUGUACAUGAUGGAGCUGAUAGAUCCACCAUUGCUACAUGGAGAAGGAGGUUAUUACCUCACCAGUGCAUAUGGAGCAAUGUCACUGAUUAAGAACUUCCAGGAAGACCAGGCUGCCCGAAUCCUCAGCUCUACAACACGUGACACACUCCACCAAUGGCACCAAAGACGCACCAUGCAGAGAAAUCUGCCCUCUGUGGACGACUUUCAGAAUUACUUGCGUGUGGCUUUGCAAAAGGCAGACAGCGGCUGCACGGCUAAAACCCUGCAGGUACGGCCCUACACCACCACAGAAGAGAUGUGUCGUCUUUGUGCCCACAAAUUCGCCGUGUCCGAUCCUGAAAACUACGGACUUUUUCUCUACACGGGCGACAGCAGCCAGCAGCUAGCCGCAGACACGUACCCUCAGAGGAUUAAGGCAGAAUUACACAGUCGGCCAAACCCUCCAUCAUUUCACUUUGUCUACAGAAAGACACAAACAUAAAAGGCAUUCCUGCCUAACAGCAUCGUGGGAGCUGCCUUAAAGACCAAAGGUUUUGCCUUUUUGGCAAAACCAGAAAGACUUCGGUGUAGCGUAAAUGCAAGACAUUGCCUCAAUAGCAGGAAAAUGUGUGUGCGACUUUUAGGAAUGUGUAGUGCUAAAUGAAAGAAAAUUAUUAGACUUAAAGUCUUUAAAAGAGUUGUUCAGGUAAGGUCAGAGGAGAUAACUAAUAGUUCUCACAACAAACAUUUAUUGAUUUGGGCCUUUUAAUGCUUUAUAAAAGUAAUGAUACACAAAGUGAUACCAAAUGUUUGAAAGAAAUGUUUUGUAAUAGAUACAACCACUGAAAAAUGUAAGAGACCACCCCAGUUUUGGAACAGUUCCUAAAAUACAUUAUUGUUGUUUAGUAUUGUAUUUUAACUUUUUUGUCUGUUUUCAGUUUUUUUUUUUUUUUGGCAAAUAAAUGCAAUAAUACUUUUUUUAUUUAAUAUUUGGUAGAAAUGUUCACAGAGACAAAAUUCCUUUUAUCUAAACAAAUACCUAUAAAUAGUAAAUACAAAAAAACAGAAAACAUUGUUGAAGUGGUCUCUUAAUUUUUACAUGGCUGUAUAUUAUGUGUUUGGCAUUAUCCGAAAUAUGGUAUUGAAUCCUGAGGGGAAGAUGAGUCUAUUCAAACCUAUUUUAUUCUGUAUGUAUUCAGUUUAUUGUGUACCUCUCUCCAAAAAAGCUCCUUAAUAUAUUUUUGGUUUCAAUUAUUAUAAAUGUAUAUAUAUAU